AGGAAGUGCCGGUUCCCGAGGCCGUCGCCUGUCUCUCUGGUUACGUUCUCCCGCCCGAGUUUGGCCGCUUACAAUUGUGCUGCUGUUAUGGGAGUCCCGGCUUUUUUCCGCUGGCUCAGCCGCAAGUACCCGUCCAUCGUUGUCAACUGCGUGGAGGAGAAGCCAAAAGAAUGUAAUGGUGUAAAGCUUCCAGUGGAUGCCAGUAAACCUAAUCCCAAUGAUGUAGAGUUUGAUAAUCUGUAUUUGGACAUGAAUGGAAUCAUCCAUCCCUGUACUCAUCCUGAAGACAAACCAGCACCAAAAAAUGAAGAUGAAAUGAUGGUUGCGAUUUUUGAGUACAUUGACAGACUUUUCAAUAUUGUAAGACCAAGAAGACUUCUUUACAUGGCAAUAGAUGGAGUGGCACCUCGUGCUAAAAUGAACCAACAGCGCUCGAGGAGGUUCAGAGCAUCAAAAGAAGGAAUGGAAGCAGCAGUUGAAAAGGAGCGAGUCAGGGAAGAAAUAUUGGCCAAAGGUGGCUUUCUUCCUCCAGAAGAAAUAAAAGAAAGAUUUGACAGUAACUGCAUUACACCAGGAACUGAGUUCAUGGACAAUCUUGCUAAAUGUCUUCGCUAUUACAUAGCUGACCGUUUAAAUAAUGACCCUGGGUGGAAAAAUUUGACAGUUAUUUUAUCUGAUGCGAGUGCUCCUGGUGAAGGAGAACAUAAAAUCAUGGAUUAUAUUAGAAGACAAAGAGCCCAGCCUAACCACGACCCAAAUACUCACCAUUGUUUAUGUGGAGCAGAUGCCGACCUGAUUAUGCUUGGCCUUGCUACACAUGAACCCAACUUUACUAUUAUUAGAGAAGAAUUCAAGCCAAACAAACCCAAACCAUGUGGUCUUUGUAAUCAGUUUGGACAUGAAGUCAAGGACUGUGAAGGUUUGCCAAGAGAAAAGAAAGGAAAGCAUGAUGAACUUGCAGAUAGCCUUCCUUGUGCAGAAGGAGAGUUUAUCUUUCUUCGACUUAAUGUUCUUCGUGAGUAUUUGGAAAGAGAACUCACCAUGGCCAGUCUGCCGUUCACAUUUGAUGUUGAGAGGAGCAUUGAUGAUUGGGUCUUCAUGUGCUUCUUUGUGGGAAAUGACUUCCUUCCUCACUUGCCAUCUUUAGAGAUUAGGGAAGGUGCAAUUGACCGUUUGGUUAACAUAUAUAAAAAUGUGGUGCACAAGACGGGGGGGUACCUUACAGAAAGUGGCUAUGUCAAUUUGCAAAGAGUACAGAUGAUCAUGCUAGCAGUUGGUGAAGUUGAGGAUAGCAUUUUUAAAAAAAGAAAGGAUGAUGAGGACAGUUUUAGAAGACGACAAAAAGAAAAAAGAAAAAGAAUGAAGAGAGAUCAACCUGCUUUCACUCCUUGUGGAAUAUUAACCCCUCAGGCCUUGGGUUCAAGAAAUUCACCAGGUUCUCAAGUAGCCAAUAAUGCGAGACAAGCGGCCUAUGAAAUGAGGAUGUACAAUAACUCCAGUCCUUCAGUAUCUCCCAAUACCAGUUUCACUUCUGAUGGCUGCCCGUCUCCAAUAGGAGGAAUUAAGCGAAAAGCAGAAGAUAGUGACAGUGAGCCUGAGCCAGAGGAUAACGUCAGGUUAUGGGAAGCUGGUUGGAAGCAGCGAUAUUAUAAAAACAAAUUUGAUGUUGAUGCAGCUGAUGAGAAAUUCCGCCGUAAAGUCGUACAGUCUUAUGUUGAAGGGCUCUGCUGGGUUCUUCGAUAUUAUUACCAGGGCUGUGCUUCCUGGAAGUGGUAUUAUCCAUUCCAUUAUGCACCAUUUGCUUCAGACUUCGAAGGUAUUGCAGGCAUGCCUUCGGAUUUUGAGAAGGGCACAAAACCGUUUAAACCACUUGAGCAACUCAUGGGAGUUUUUCCAGCUGCAAGUGGUAACUUUCUACCUCCGUCAUGGCGGAAGCUCAUGAGUGAUCCUGAUUCUAGUAUAAUUGAUUUCUACCCUGAAGAUUUUGCAAUUGAUUUGAAUGGGAAGAAAUAUGCAUGGCAAGGUGUUGCUCUGUUGCCCUUUGUGGAUGAGCGCAGACUUCGUGCUGCUCUAGAAGAGGUGUACCCAGAUCUCACUCCAGAAGAAACUAGAAGAAACAGUCUUGGUGGCGAUGUCCUGUUUGUGGGCAAACAUCACCCAAUCCACGACUUUGUUUUAGAGUUAUAUCGAACAGGUUCCACAGCGCCAGUGGAUUUACCACCUGAACUCUGUCAUGGGAUUCAAGGAAAGUUUUCAUUGGAUGAAGAAGCUAUUCUUCCAGAUCAAAUAGUAUCUUCUCCUAUACCCCUGUUACAAGAUCUGUCACAGAACACUGCAAUCAGUAUUAAUUUUAAAGACCCACAAUUUGCUGAAGAUUACAUUUUUAAGGCCAUAAUGCUUCCAGGAGCAAGGAAACCAGCACAAGUAUUAAAACCUGGUGACUGGGAAAAAUCUAGCAACGGGCGACAGUGGAAGCCUCAGCUUGGCUUUAAUCGUGACAGACGACCUGUCCACCUGGACCAGGCAGCAUUUAGGACAUUAGGCCAUGUUAUGCCAAGAGGGUCAGGAACUGGCGUUUAUAGCAAUGCUGCACCAUCACCUGCAACCUAUCAGGGAAACUUAUACAGGCCACUCUUGAGAGGACAAGCCCAGAUUCCAAAACUUAUGUCAAAUAUGAGACCACAGGAAUCCUGGCGAGGUCCCCCUCCCCUUUUCCAGCAGCAAAGAUUUGAAAGAAAUGUUGGGGCUGAGCCUCUGCUGCCAUGGAACCGGAUGCUGCAAAACCAAAAUGCAGCCUUUCAGCCAAACCAGUACCAGCUACUUGCUGGCCCUGCUGGAUACCCACCUCGACGUGACGAUCGUGGAGGGAGACAGGGAUAUCCCAGAGAUGGAAGGAAAUACCCUUUGCCACCACCCUCAGGAAGAUACAAUUGGAAUUAGGCUUUUGUAAAGCUUUCCCCAAACAUUUCAUUGUUCUCUGUUUUAUGCUAUGUGUGAGAAGAUUUUUUUUUUAGUAGUUUUUAAUAAACUACAGUAUUUUGAUUAUUUCUUUUAAUUGUGUAAAUUUCUAGUGCUCUGAUCUGUUUUAUGUUGCUUUACAAAUCUGAAUUAAUUAUUGCUUGUGAAUCAUUUGAUUGAAAUUAGACUGCUGGUUUUUCACUGUGGUUAAAAAUCAUCCCAGCUGUGGAUUUCAAAAGAGUGUAUUCUAGAUCAUUUAAGAUCUAUGUUCUUUCUUAAUGCAUAAAAAUUAGAUAUGAACUCUUGGAACCCUCAGCCAACGAGAGUAUAUGUGCUUAAGAUAUUUGUUUGAUAUUUCUUUGGAAACAUUUCAUUAAUGUGCUUGUCUUAAGAAAAUUUAUUCAUUUUAGUUAAAAAGUUUUUUAAACUGUGGUCUCGUAUUCUGAUUAUUUUUUUAUAACAUAUCAGUUUGAACAUCUGGGCUAAGUAUGAUUUUUAAAUCUAUGUUUGAAAACAAUUUAUUUCUACAGUUAGAUGUCCAAAGCUGUCACUGGACAGAGAUAUUUUAAAUAUGGUUAACAACACAAUUGAAAAAAAGCUUUAUAAGAAAUAUAUAUUACUAUGUCAGUUAUUUGGCUAAUUACCAGAUCUUUCUGAAAAUAAAUUGUUUCUCCAAAUUUCAUGUAUUACCUGUACUUCAGUUUAAAGACUUGCCUUAAAUCUUUAAGAAAAACUUUGAAAGUGUAAUUUAUAGCUAAAUAAUAAAUGAUCUUGGGCUCUUUUUUUUCUUGUGGGAGUGGGGGGGAGGGGCACUAUUUCAUAAUAGAUUUCCAUUUGUACCCUUUCUUUUUAUGCUAGUAAGUGUCACAUAAUCCCUUCAAUCUGUUUGUAGUUCAGGCACAUUCUUAUUUGGUUGCUAUUGGAAAUUUAGGCAUAUAUGUAAAAUCUCUUCUUGCUUUGUUUACAUUUUUUUCAUCUUAGCUUUAGAGUCUAAGGUAAAGUUUCUCUUUGACCUUUUGGCUUAGCCAUUUUGCCCUAAUAUUCAACUAAGGCACAGUAGUUAAUCUACAUGGAAAAAAAUCCCACCUUAACCUUGAGUAUUUUGAAGCACAAUCACUGACUGAUGUGAGCACAGCAGGGUACUUUAUUGUUGACAAAGAAACUCUCCACCAGAAAUUAACAACACAGCUGGUUAUUUGUCACCAGUGUACAUUAAAGGGAUACUGCCUUUUAUCUUCCAAGUAUCAAACAUGUGUAGUCACCUAAAGUAUUACAAAUUCCAAAACAGCUCAUAAAUGUCUUCUUGCUUAAAGCUUUCUAGGUGCCUCAAAUUUACACUUCUCCUACCCCGUCCCCACCCCCCCACAUGUCAGACUUGGGAGUUUUGUUUUAAGGUAUUAGACUCUUGGAAAUAAUCCCUUAGGAGUUUGGCUUUCUUCAUAAACCCUUAAGAGAGGGUGCCAGCCAGCUGAAUCUUCAUUUCAGGACCCUUCACCCUUGCUGCCUUCUUUCACUAUGAAAAAUUCCCCUAUCCCUAUCUUAAUCUCUCCCCACCUUUGAAUCUUUCAGCGAAGUUAUCUGUUAACUUCAAUACUUUUUGUAGCAUCAAGAAGACUAUUUGAAACAAUAAGUAAUUCCCUUCAUAAACUGAUACAAAAAUAAAGCCAAGGGACCAAUUACACUCCAUCUUUAAAUGAAGCACUUUUUUUUUCACUCGCAUUUUCAGGUUUUUUAAAAAGCCUUAGCACCCGAAAUCAGCCUGAACUUUUAUUGGCCCUUAAUGAGCAGUUGUCUACACUUUAAAGAUCAAAUGGCAGUGUCCUAACGUAUGUUCAGGUACAACACCAGCUCAGUGAUAGUCGCUCGCCAUUUAGCGUCACAAAGGCAAAUUGAAAGUAAUGACAUCCUCCUUUGGCACUGGGGAGCUUCUGGAAAGGUCCCAUCCUGCUCCUGGGGGGCGGGUCCAGAAUUCCUCUUUUUCCAGGUCCUCACUGGAGGUUGAGUCUGCCUUAAUGAGGCUUGCCGACUUUACUGACAGGAAUUGGGUGACAUUAGCACCACAGGGACAGACUAGCGGAUCUUUCAAAGUGAAGGUACCACGUAUUUUGGACAGUUCAUGCCUGGGCCACCAAGGUGCAGGCGGAGCGCGUACCAGGACUAGGACCUCCCUUGAAGUGGGGCUGCCGCGUCUGGCCGCAGACCUGGCCGCCGCUUCGAGCUCUUGGAGCUGCAGGGCCACCUAGGAGCCCUCUGCCGUCCUUCCGCAGCGCGCCACAUCAGUGCUGCUUAACUUCGCCCCGAUUCCCUGUACAAAUGGAAGAUUGAACAUGUAAGAGAAUUAGGAAGAAAGCUGCAAGGCUACUGUUUUAAAUGUUGAAGUAUUAAUUACCGAUUUAACUAUGCUUUGAAAUUAAAAUCUAAACAUUAUCCUAAGAAUUGAUUUUGAUUCCGCAUUCCUAAACAGCAGCGUGGUGGGCCCUCCUGCUUGCCGGAUAUCUUGCCCACCCCAAAGGCUAACAGCUGUGAUUCCGACCCAUGCUCUUCCUGAUCCAGCUCUACCAUUUCUAACCAGAAGAAAACGGUCAACAAAUUCUCCGUGGGCUUUUCCUCCGCUCCUGUUUAAGUUGAAUGCCUGUGAGGCUUAGCUCCCCAAAGAAUAAGCUUCAAUUUUUUGUGUAAAGUGUAGAUGGAGCUAUUACACUAUCGCAGAAAUAGUUUGCCCAAUUCUAGUUGUUAGAUAUUUAUUAGAAGUCUCCUAAAAAAUUACUGAAAUAAGAGAUCACAUGGAUUCAAAACUGAAAGAUAACUCAAUUUCAAAUAUUCAAUUGCAGUCAAAGCAAACAAAAACAUCUCAGUUUGCAUUCUAAACUUUAAAGUUGCUUGAAAUCACAAUUACCUCAGUAUUCACCUGAUGAAGUAUAUUUCUGUGUAUUUCUGUAGUUACAUCUGUGCAUCUUUGAAAUUUCCCCAGAUACCCAUGAAUUCUGACAGUAAAAGACUAUCAAUUUAUAUCCAUAAAAUGCAUCCUAGUUGUCUGUCCAACUGGGGUUUGGGGUGAGUUUUUCAUCCCACUCACAAGUGAGGAAUCUCACCUAUGCUUUGAAUUGCAUAGGGGGAUUUAAGUUGACACCACAAAAUGCAUUAUUUUAUCAUACACAAACUCAUACAUAAAAAUCCAAUCUAGGACAUUUUCUGAAUGUCUAUUUAAAUCAAUAUUAAAUGCAGUUAGCAAAGACAUCUGAAGUAUUUGGGGGUUAUCCAAAAGGUGAUAUUCAAAAAGUCUGCUUCCAUAAGGAUCACAAACUUGAAAAAGAUGGGAUAGUUCUGUAAAUACAUGGACUGUUCGCAUUUGUCAAACUGGAUUGAGUGUGAUUUGCUUUAAAUUGAUAGUAAAGUUGCUAGCAGAAUGGAACUUGGGCACAUCUAUUUUCAGAGAUGUCAACCCUAAAGCUUUAAUUCUAAGCAAAGAUUUAAAUAGAGGACAACUGGAUUCCACCCCUGCCUUCCGUUAUACAAAAUACUCUUUCUUUCCUCUGUCCUUCAAAAAUUACAAACACUACUUCAAUUUACUCUCCAACACAAAUUACAGAAAAGUAUAUGCAAUCUCUUCUGUUCUUUGCAGCGUUUAUUCGGGAUUUUGGUAUCUGCUCUUAAAUUGGAAAAGGCAAACCAGGUUGUCAUAAAACUCCAAAACAUUUAGAAAAUGACUCAUUUGCAGAGUGAGCUUGCUUGCUUUUUUUUUUUUAACCAAGUUUUGCUGUCGCUUCUGCAAUGCGAGAGAAGGUUUUGUUCAACAGACCCUGUGGCCAGUCCUUCGUGGUGGUUGUGAAGACACUUAUCCUCCUCUUCAGUUAAUGAGUUUCACCUAGUCUGGCUGUUUAUGUUUUUAUAAAAGAUCUGCAAAACACUAAUGUAAAAAGAAAGAAAAAGCUCUUGUUUCAUAUUCAUCAAAACCUGAAAUUCUAUAGUAAAAACAGUGUAUUUUAACAUUUCAGGGAUCAAGUCUCAUAAUUUUAGGAUGUACACACACAAAAAUAAACUUUAUACUUCUCAGUUAAA